CACGUCUCCGUGGCGACGUUGGUACGCUACAUGAUCGGAUUUCGGGGUGUUAUAGCAAGUUGGGACAGUAAUAUUGACUGUUUAUUUGGUGCACAGAAGUGACUUAUCUAUCGUUGAGAUUUAUUAAGAACAAUCAUGGCAAGCCGAAGUUAUCCGGCGAAUACUCAAAUUCAAAAGUUUCUGGAAGAGUCUUACAAUAAAGAACGAGACGUCCGGCUAGCUUGGCACGCGAAACUCGGACCAAAAGAUGGUGGGAAAUCGAAACAAUUCGAGGUGUUUAGGAGAAAAAUUGAGAACGAAGCAAAACCAGCAGAUGGAUUUUUAUCCAAGGUUCCAAAGAACGUUAAAGAGCCAAGAUAUAAUAAGAAAAUCACACAGGCGGACGAUACAUUCGUUUGUAAAUCUGGUACAAACCUUCUGAGCGCAGAAAUGCGACCUGUUACACCAGGAGUGAAAGAAAAACUCUAUGAUGGAUUCACAAAGGAAGGAAAGGGAAGAUAUCAGUAUUUAGAGAAAAGAAAUGAGAAAAAUCCUGAGGAUAAAUUCAGUUUUCCAUUGUUGAGUUCAUGGGAGUAUGGCUGGAGGCUAGGCGAUGUGAUCAAACAGGAUGACUUCAAGGCACCGGAUAAUGGACGUAACAGAAUUGUUGCUGAUACAUUUUACACACGGACUGGAAUACCAACAUAUAUUUGCUAGAGAUUAUCAUUGUUGAAAAUGUGAUAAAUAUUAAAUAAUUUAUUCAAAAAUUAGACUCGAGUCCAGUUUAUCAUUUUCAAAAUAUCAGAUUUUUUUAGAUCAAAUCAGGAAGAUCCACUUUCAGUUGCAUUCCUGUUAUAACUGGGAAACAGACCUGUACUUGUUAUUGCAGUAGCAGAUUUUUUUGUUGGUAAAUGUUUUAAUAUGCAUUUAUUUAAAUAAUUGUGUAUUGUAUCUCAGCUAAUUAAUUUACUUUUGAAAAUAUUAGAAAUCUUGUUUUGUAUCAAAUAGUAGCCUCUAUUAAUAUUCAAUAAAAUCUGUGUUAGUAUUUGGAAAUUAUAGGAUAAAGUAAUAGAUCUAUGUUUUUGUGUUAAUCCUUUAAUUGUAAUGCUGGUAUAUUUGUAACUCGUCUGCUCACAAGUUUAUGUACUUUAUUUCUGUAAGCUCAAUAAUUUCAUGUAUCAAAUGUAGUUUAUUCUAGCUGUUGUCUGUAAAUCAGUAGUUGAGAGGUGAUCCUUUUAUGAAAUAAGGAACCUCGGCUCCUAUUCAAACUCCGUCCAAAACGCAUGCUAAUGUGGGAGACAUUUAACAUGUGUAUGUAAAUACUUGCAUAAUUCAUUAAUUCAUUUUAAGCAUGGUUCCUGUUCAUGUUUUUUAGCGUUUAUUUUUAUCAUGUUUAAUGACCAGACACUGUUUUUUUAUUGUACUGAAAGAUUAAAAAUUGUUUUGUA